GAAACAACGAUCGAGGAAAAAUCUCUGAAUAUUGAUCGGCGAAAUUAUUCAAGGAGAGAUGAUCUGCGUAGAUAAUAAAUGAAUAUUGACAACGGCUACAAUAAUAAUAAUAUUUAUAAUAUAUGAUGAUGAUCAAUUGGAGAAGAUGAUAUAUAUAUAUAUAUUCAGAUCUAUACCACUUUCGUUAGCUCCGAUGCCGGCCCACCACCUCUUUCUCUCUCUAUCUAUCUAUACACCUCUAUCAUUAUUAUUAUUGCUCCUUUUCUCAUUCUCUCUCUCUCUAGGUUCCUUUGAGUUUUUUCCUUCUUCUUCUUCUGGUCUUCCGAAAUAAUCUAAGGAAGCCGCUUUCAUCUGGAUUGAGUGCGGUCGGGCGGGUUCAAUUUUCUGAUGAAUGGGACGAUUUCUUUCGUCAUUCAUCUUCCAGGAUAUUAUUGUUGUUGUUGUUGUUUUUAUGCACUAGUUUCAGAUCUGGUCUCGGCUAACAGGACAUCAGGACAUCGAAUCUCAGCGCAUUCAAGGAAUAAUUAAUAUGCUUGCAUUUGAUGAUCCGGAGAAAUCGCCAUCAGAUAUUUGAAUCUCACCGGAAAUGAUGACAGGGCUCUAGGGUUUUGGGAGUUACAAUUUGAAAGAAGAAACCGCAUUGUUCGAAAUGUUGAAACAAUUUCUGAGCAAAAUCCCUGGGAAAUCGUCAAAAGCCGACUCAAUUGGUUCACCCAGAAGAGAAACCAACCAGAUUUCGUCUUCUCGCGGCGGCCAGGCUGCUUCCAAUUUGCAGCGAACCACGAGUGGUACGGUGUUUUCGUCGCGAACGGCGGCAGCAGCAGCAAAUGCAGUGAAACGGACACCAAGUGGUACUGUCUUCCCAUCCAGCGUCGUCGCCGGAGUUGAGCCUCUGUUAUCAUUUAAAGAUGUGCCCAGUUCGGAAAGAAACAAUCUUCUCAUCAGUAAGCUAAGCUUCUGUUCUAUAGUUUUUGAUUUCAAUGAUCCAACCAAAUGCAUACAAGAGAAAGAACUAAAACGUGCAACUCUCAUAGAUCUAGUUGAUUUCGUUGCUUCCACUCCUCCUAAUAAAUUCACAGAGCAAGCAAUCAUGUCGUUGUGUAAAAUGUGUGCAAAUAAUCUCUUUAGGGCAUUCCCUCCCAACCUUCGCUCUACCUCCUCCUCAAGGGGCAAUGAGGUCGACGAUGAUGAACCCAUGUUUGAUCCUGCUUGGUCCCAUUUACAAUUGGUUUAUGAGCUUUUGUUAAAGUUCGUUACUUCGCCUUCUCUAGAAGCAAAGGUUGCUAAGAAGUAUUUGAAUCAUUCCUUCAUCUCCAAACUGCUCGACCUUUUCGAUUCCGAGGAUCUAAGAGAGAGAGAGUGCUUAAAAACAAUACUCCACAGACUUUACGGGAAGUUCAUGGUCCACAGGCCUUUCAUCAGGAAGAGUAUGAGCAAUGUGUUCUAUCGUUUCGUCUUUGAGACAGAGAGGCAUUAUGGGAUUCCAGAACUUCUUGAGAUUUUCGGGAGUGUGAUAAGUGGAUUCGCAGUGCCUUUAAAGGAGGAACACAAGAUGUUUUUAUCUAGAGCAUUGAUUCCUUUGCAUAAGCCGAAAUCUCUAGGGAUCUACUUUCAACAGUUGUCUUAUUGUGUUUCGCAGUUCAUUGAAAAGGAACCGAAGCUGGCGAGCAUUGUGAUAAGGGGAUUGUUGAAACACUGGCCGAUUACAAAUAGCCAGAAGGAGGUUUUGUUCUUGGGUGAGAUUGAAGAAAUUUUGGAAGUUAUUAGUAUGGGAGAGUUUCAAAAGGUAAUGGCCCCAUUGUUCUGGAGGAUUGGUUGCUGCAUUAACAGUUGCCAUUUUCAGGUGGCGGAAAGAGCUCUUUUCUUCUGGAACAACGAUCAAAUUCUGAACCUGAUUGCACACAAUCGACACGUAAUCUUGCCAAUCAUAUUCCCUUUUCUGGAGAGAAACACUAAAGAUCAUUGGAACGAAUCGGUUCACAACUUUACACUGAGUCUGAGAAAGAUGUUCAUUGAAAUGGACGACGCACUAUUCAUGGACUGCGAAGCCCAUUUCAGAGAUGAACAAGAGAAGAUAAGUUUGGAAGAAGAGCAAAGGAAGGAGAAGUGGGAGUGUCUAGAGAAUAUGGCCAGUUUGAAACCAGUAACUGGUAAAAUCGCCGUUCUGGUCACUCCAUUUGCAAGUUCCAUAACAUUAAGUUAAUCUGGAAUUUGCUUCUUUUUUUCAUUUUUCUGUUGUCGUUGUAAGUUGUAACCUUUCAAAUUGUUCCUCGCAAUUUCUAUAUCAUAAGUUUAGUUUAAUUCCUAAUUUCUAGGACUUACUUA